CACGUACCUGACAGCGGACUGUCCUGAAGCCCCACGGAAUCUCGCGCUCUAGUAGAGUGAGAGAGAGAGUAUAGCGCGCGCUGAACGGACCGCAGUGGAAUGUAGCGGGGAUUCCCGGCGCGCGGGGCAAGAUCUGUCAAUCAUUCAAGGCCCCAAGAAAACACCUGAGUAGGUGGAGCAUGGCCAGUAGGAGUGGCUGGCGUUACUAUGCCUGAAGGCACGUGGCGAUGGUGUCCAUAGAGACAGAUGGCAGCUUCACUGGGGGCCACGGUUUGUCCCUCUUACAGGCUGAAGAUAGCUUGGGGGCCGGACUCGCUCAGCAGGAGGGGUCGUGGCUCGGCUUCCGGGCUACGGUGAGUGCUGUGCUGCUGCUGGAGCUGCUCCUGGGAGUGGGUGGCAAUCUGACCGUGCUGGUGUUAUACUGUGGUCACUGCAGCCUGUUGGAGUCCGUCAGUCAUGCCGUCACGCUCAGCCUGCACACCCUUGACCUGCUGCUCUGUCUCCUCUGCCUGCCAAUCACUGCCACGCUCCUCAUUCUGGGCGGAGCCUCGGUUCCUCACCACGCCCUUCUCUGCUGUCUCCAUGAAUCGGCAGCCAGCUUCGCCAGUGUGGGCACCGCACUUAACCUGCUGCUCAUCAGCUUAGAUCGCUAUGACAUCAGCGUCCGGCCAGCCAAUCGCCUGCUGACACCUCGAAGAGCCACCAUUUUACUUGUUGGAGUAUGGGCGGUUUCUUUAGCCGUGCCGCUCCUACCAUUCGUGGAGGCGGGGUUUGUUUCGGGGCAAGGCGCGGGGGUGUUUGUGCACUCCAAUAGCACUGUGCUUUGUUCAGAGUGGGGAGGAACUCUACAGGCUCAUCUGUUACUACAGGUUCCCGUGUUCCUGUGCUCUCUCGCGGUGAUGCUGUUUACAUACUCGCGAAUUCUUCAGGCACUGCGCAUCCGCAUCGGACGCACACCUGUGAAUCUCUCUUAG